GACAAAUCCAUUUGUCUCUCGUGCUACCAAUUACUGCGUCUCCAUUGUCUUUCUGCAUAGCCAAAGUUUCUCGUGCCAAUACAAAGUCAUUCCACAACACAAGCACCAAUAUGGCAUCGAGGCCGGAGCUCAAGGUCGACGAUGAGUACGGCUUCAUCAAAUUCUUCAAGAACCUGUCCGGGACAGAUGACGACACGAUACGACUGUUUGACAGAAACGACUACUACACGGCACAUGGUGAUGACGCCAAAUUCAUCGCCCAGAACCAGUACAAAACUACCUCGGUUAUCAAGCAACUCGGCCGUGAUCCCGGACUCCCAUCAGUCACGCUAUCACAGACAGUGUUUCGCAACUUCCUUCGAGAGGCUCUAUUCAGACUAGGCAAGCGCAUUGAGAUCUGGGAAUCUGCUGGUAAGAACAAAUUCACGCUCGCCAAGCAGGCAUCACCAGGCAAUCUACAGGAUGUCGAAGAUGAGCUCGGCAGUAGCAUGGAGGCAGCUCCCAUCAUUCUUGCCGUAAAGGUAUCAGCCAAGGCAUCAGAAGCUCGCAACGUCGGUGUGUGCUUUGCGGAUGCUAGUGUGCGCGAGCUGGGUGUCAGCGAGUUUGUGGACAACGACAUCUACUCCAACUUCGAGAGCCUGAUCAUCCAACUUGGUGUACGAGAGUGCUUGGUCCAGUACGACGGUCAGAAGAAGGAUGGAGAAUUGGCCAAGCUGAGAGCGAUCGCCGACAACUGUGGAUGUGCCGUAUCAGAACGCCCAUCAGCAGACUUCAGCAGCAAAGACAUCGAGCAGGACUUGAGCAGAUUGCUGCGCGAAGAACGCACAUCAACUCUACCCCAGACCGAGCUACGAUUGGCUAUGGGAGCCUCUGCUGCACUUGUCAAGUAUCUGGGUGCCAUGUCAGAUUCUUCCAAUUACGGUCAAUACCAGCUAUACCAACACGACCUGUCGCAAUACAUGAAGCUCGAUGCAUCUGCUCUGAAAGCGCUCAAUCUCAUGCCUGGACCCAAAGACGGAUCGAAAACCAUGAACCUGUACGGCUUGCUCAAUCACUGCAAAACACCAAUUGGCAGCAGACUUCUCGCCCAGUGGCUCAAGCAACCUCUGAUGAAUCUAGAAGAGAUCGAACGCAGACUACAACUUGUCGAGGCCUUCGUCAAUGAUACACAGCUCUCUGAGUCGAUGUCGGCAGACCACCUCAAGUCCAUUCCUGACCUUUACCGCCUGGCCAAGAAAUUCCAACGCAAAAAUGCCAACCUGGAAGAUGUCAUUCGCGUCUAUCAAGUCGCUAUCCGCAUUCCUGGCUUCAUCGGCACGCUCGAAGCAGUGAUGGAUGAAGAGUACAAGGAUCCUCUUGACCGAGAAUACACAAACAAGUUACGCGAGUGUGCCGAUGCUCUGGGCAAACUACAAGAGAUGGUUGAGACAACAGUUGACCUUGACGCAUUGGAUAAUCAUGAGUUCAUCAUAAAGUCCGAUUUCGACGAAGGUCUGAAGGUGAUUCGAACAAAGCUUGACAAGCUCCGUUAUGGUAUGGACAAGGAACACGGCAGAGUCGGAGAUGAUCUCGGUCUAGACACGGAAAAGAAGCUCUUCCUUGAGAACCACAAAGUUCAUGGCUGGUGCUUCCGCGUGACAAGAGCAGAAGCUGGCACAAUUCGCAACAAGAAGCAAUAUCAGGAGUGCUCAACACAAAAGAACGGUGUCUACUUCACUACAACGACACUGCAAGCAAUGCGCAGAGAGCAUGAUCAACUGUCGGAAAACUAUAAUCGCACGCAAAGCGGAUUGGUCCAAGAAGUCGUUGGUGUCGCAGCCUCAUAUUGUCCUGUCGUUGAGAAGCUCGCCGGCAUCCUCGCGCACAUGGAUGUAAUUGUCUCGUUCGCGCAUGUGGCCCUCCAAGCCCCUGUACCAUACUGCCGACCAAAGAUGCACCCUCGCGGCACUGGCAACACAGUCCUCGUUGAGGCACGUCACCCUUGCAUGGAAGUUCAAGACGAGAUCACAUUCAUGGCCAACGACGUUACUCUGAAGCGCGAAGACUCAGAAUUUUUGGUCAUCACAGGUCCCAACAUGGGUGGUAAGAGUACAUACAUCCGCCAGAUUGGUGUCAUCGCUCUGAUGGCACAGAUGGGCUGCUUUGUACCGUGCACUUCUGCCGAGCUCACCUUGUUCGACUGUAUCCUCGCUCGUGUUGGAGCUAGCGACAGUCAACUUAAGGGUGUUUCCACCUUCAUGGCGGAGAUGCUGGAAACAGCCAACAUCCUCAAAUCAGCUACGAAGGAGAGUCUGAUCAUUAUUGACGAACUAGGUCGUGGCACAAGCACAUACGAUGGUUUCGGCCUGGCUUGGGCCAUCAGCGAGCACAUUAUCAAAGAGAUUGGUGCUUUUACUCUUUUCGCAACACACUUCCAUGAGUUGACUGCUUUGGUUGACACAUAUCCACAAGUUCAAAAUCUGCAUGUCGUUGCAGAUGUCAGCGAUGGUCAAUCAUCAGAUUCUGCACCUCAAGUGUUGCUCAUGUACAAGGUCGAACCUGGUAUCAGUGAUCAAAGUUUCGGUAUCCACGUCGCCGAGCUCGUGCGCUUCCCUCGCAAAGUCAUCUCAAUGGCCAAGCGCAAGGCAGAUGAGCUCGAAGAUUUCGCUGGCAAGAACGAAGAAGAAAAGUCAGAGCUCAAGAAUGCUAGCCAAGAGGACGUCGCAGAGGGAAAUAGGCUCCUCAAAGAGCUGCUCAUCAAGUGGAAGAAGGAGACUGAAGGCCAAAACAUGGACGGCAAGGAACAGGUAAAGAGGCUCAAGACUAUGGUUGCAGAAGACGAGAAGUUGAGGGCAAACAAGUUCUUUGUUGGGUUGAAAGGACUGUGAUGGUAAUGACUGGUUUUACAUGAUUUGCUCUUUCCUUGCCCGAGACUGAUAACCUUGCUCUUCUGCGUUGAUGCAAAUGAUUCAUUUUCCGUAGCUCGAGAAGAAAUACAACAAGCAAUGAGUGCAAACACAUCCCAUGUCAUGA